GAGUAAUGGCGUUGAGAGGUUUAAUUCUUAGUUCUGCAAUCGGUGAGUGGAUGAAAUGAUGGGGAGAAGGGAGCGAUUGAACUGGCCGGGGAUUAGAACGGGAUGAUUUGCAGUCGGGAAACUGAAACUAAACAUCACAUCGGGAUCUGACGGAGUCGCCCAAUUUAUCGUAACCUGAAUAUGAUCGGAUUUUGAACGUGGAAAGAAGUUGUACUGUUCACAGUGGGGCAAAUGAUACACGUGUCCUGUGUGUGGAUGUGGCUUCAGCCGAUCAUCUGAUCCGUCAAAACAUAAAUGUGAUCACAACGGGGACAAAGGACAGAAAUGUGAAAACUAUGGGAAGGGAUUCAGAUCCCCCUCUGAGCUGGAAACCCAUCGGCACUGUCAGACUGGGGAGAGACAGUUUACCUGCUUCACCUGUGGGAAGGGAUUCACUUAGUUAUCCCACCUGCUGAGGCACCAGUGAGUUCACACUGGAGAGAGACCUUUUACAUGCCUAGACUGUGAGAAGGACUAUAAAAGUUUUGGGGAUCUGAUGUCCCAUCAACGCGUUCACACUGACGAGAGACCGUUCAGGUGCUCUCACUGUGGGACUGGGUUCAGGCAAUCAUCUGACCUCAUUGUACACCAUGGAAUUCACACUGGGGAGAGGCCAUUCACCUGCUCCCAGUGUGGAAAGACAUUCACUCAGUCAUCCACCCUGAUGCGACACCAGCGACUUCACACUGGGGAGAGGCCAUUCACCUGCUCUGAGUGUGGGAAGGGAUUCACUCAGUCUUCUAACCUAAUGAGGCACCAGCGAGUUCACACUGGGGAGAAGCCAUUCACCUGCUCCCAGUGUGGGAAGGGAUUCACUCAGUUGUCUGAGCUGCUGUCACAUCAGCGAGUUCACACUGGAGAGAGACCUUUUAAAUGUCAAGACUGUGGGAAGUGCUAUAAAAGUACUGGAGAGCUGAUGUCCCAUCAACGUGUUCACACUGAUGAGAGACCGUUCAGGUGCUCUCACUGCAGGACUGGGUUCAGGCGAUCAUCUCAACUCAUCCUACACCAGCGAAUUCACACUGGGGAGAGGCCGUUCACCUGCUCCCAGUGUGGGAAGCGAUUCACUCAGUCAUCUCACCUGCUGACACACCAGCGAGUUCACACUGAUGAGAGACCUUUUAAAUGCCCAGACUACUGUGGGAAGUGUUUUAAAAGUUCCAAGAACAUGAUGUCCCAUCAACGUGUUCACACUGCCGACCGACCAUUCAGGUGCUCUCACUGUGGGACUGGAUUCAAGACAUCAUCUGAACUCACUGUACACCAGCGAAUUCACACUGGGGAGAGGCCGUUCACCUGCUCUGAGUGUGGGAAGAGAUUCACUCAGUUAUCCAACCUGCUGAGACACCAGCGAGUUCACACUGGGGAGAGGCCGUUCGCCUGCUCCCAGUGUGGGAAGGGAUUCACUCGGUCAUCAAACCUGCUGAGACACCAGCGAGUUCACAAUGGGGAGAAACCGUACACGUGUCCUGUGUGUGGACGAGGAUUCAGCCGAUCAUCUGCUCUGUCAAAACACAAGCGCAGUCACACUGGAGAGAAACCAUGGAAAUGUGAGGACUGUGGGAAGGGAUUCACGUGUCCAUCUGAGCUGGAAAUUCAUCGGCGCAGUCACACUGGGGAAAGGCCGUUCACCUGCUCUGAGUGUGACAAGGGAUUCGCUCAGUCAUCCCACCUGCUCAAACACCAGCUAAGUCACACAGACGAGAGACCUUUUAAAUGCGCAGACUGCAUAAAGUGCUUUAAAAGUUCUGGAGAACUGAUAUCCCAUCAACGUGUUCACACUGACGAGAGACCAUUCAGGUGCUCUCACUGUGGGUCUGGGUUCAGGCGAUCAUCUGACCUCACUAAACAUCAGCGCAGUCACACUGGGGAGAGACCUUUCACCUGCUUCGAGUGUGGGAAGGGAUUCACUCAGUCAUCCAGCCUUCUGACACACCAGCGAGUUCACACAGGAAAGAGGUCUUUCAAAUGCGCAGACUGUGGGAAGUGCUGUAAAAGUUCCGGGAACCUAAUUACACAUCAACGUGUUCACACCGAUGAGAGAUCGUUCAGGUGCUCUCAGUGUGGGACUGGGUUCAGGCGGUCAUCUGAACUCACUGUCCACCAGCGAGUUCACACUGGGGAGAGGCCGUUCACCUGCUCUGAUUGUGGGAAAGGAUUCACUCAGUCAUCCAACCUACACAGACAUCAGCGAGUUCACAGGUCACUACAGUGAUGGGAUUUUGCUGUCAGUCACAUGGAAGACUGGACCAUGUUCAUUUGGGUAUGUUUCUGCUGAAGUUGGUAAGCUCCAGGACAGAUAUAGUGGUUCAUAUUUUGGAUAGAAGUAAAAUAAAUCAGCUUUGUGUUAAA